UCGCGCUCCGGCCUCUUGUGCUGCGACUUUGCGUAGUCCGCGAUCAGACACCAAAGCGAUCAGAACGCACCAUUAAAGGCUAAUUGAAUCUCAUUAAGUCACCACAUUAGCAAGUGAACAUUAAGUAAUCCAAAUUUGAUUGGCGGAAGCUCAAAGUACGUGGAAGUCGCAUUUGAAUUAGAAAAACCUUUUGAACCCGAGUAGUGUGAAAUUUGAAACGCACAAUGGAAAUAAUGCUACGUGUAUUGGCACUUAUUCUAAGUUACUUAGGAUUCUUGGUUAACAUGAUAUUGGAUUUUCUGAAACCGCGAAAGUCACCAGACUUUCCUCCAAUCCGAAAUCCUCUACUGCUCAAGUCGGUUCUUGAACUGGUCACCGAAUUGAGACGCGGCGAGCUCACGUCGGAUCAGUUGGUCCGGGCGUAUAUAACACGUGUACGUGAAAUGAACCCAUCUCUGAAUGCGGUCGUUGAGGAGCGCUUCGAGGCGGCGCUGCGGGAGGCCAAGCAUGCGGAUGAGCUAAUUGCCAAGGCCAGCAGCGAGUUUGACCGCGUCGCUCUCUUUACGCGUUAUUCCCUGCUGGGCAUUCCCUUCACUGUAAAGGAAUCCUGCGGAUUGAAGGGACUCUCAUAUGAGGUGGGCAGUGUGGUGCGCAAGGGCAUGAAGGCGCCUCGCGAUGGUGAUGUCGUGGAACUGAUGCGUGCUGCUGGCGGAAUCCCAUUGCUGGUGUCUGCCAAUCCCGAGUUUUGCAUGAGCUUUGAGACCAACACGGUGGCCCAUGGACGCUGCUUGAAUCCCUAUGACCUGACUCGCUCGCCGGCUGGUUCAUCCGGCGGAGAGGCAGCAUUAAAUGGCUGUGGUGCCUCUACUUUUGGCAUUGGCUCUGACAUAAGUGGCUCCAUACGCUUGCCAGCCAUGUUUUGCGGCGUGUAUGGGCACAAGCCCACAGGUGGACUCACCUCCGUCAAGGGUCACUUUCCAUAUUCAACGAUAGACGAGAACUUUCCCAAAAUUCUACAAAUUGGACCCAUCACGCGCUUUGCACGUGACAUGCCGCUACUUCUAGAGAUUAUGGCGGGCGAUAACAAGCACAAGUUGCAAAUGAACGAGCAGGUGCAGCUCAAGGACAUUAAGAUUCAUUACGCCUAUGGCUUUUCCGGCUUAAACGGAUUAACGCAUCCCAUCGUGGAUAGCGAUAUCGAAAAGUGCAUUUCCCGUGCCGUUGGAUUCUUUUCUAAAGCCGGCGUCAAUGUCAAACAGCUGGAUCUUAGUUUCUUGAGCAAUUCCAUGGAGAUGGCAUUGGUGGGUCUGCUCGACUUGAAGGGUCUGCCCAGCAUUGUGACCCAGCAGUCGCAUCGAGCUCCUCACAUGCGCCUGCUGAUUGUGGAGUUCUUUAACAGCCUCAUUGGCCACUCGCUGUUCACCAAGGAGGCGCUCUUCCUGGAGCUCAUGCAGCGGUUAAAUGGCUUCAUGUGCGUCAACAAUAUGGAACAGUAUCGCCAGGAGGCGCUUCAGGUCAAAGAGUAUUUAAGUAAAUUGCUUGGUGAUCGCGGCGUUCUCUUUCUGCCCACUUUUCACAGCUCCGCACUUUGCUUUAACACGUCAUUGGUGAAUAUUACGGGCAUUGAUAACAUGCUUAUCUUCAAUGUUCUUGGUUUCCCGGCGACGCACGUUCCCAUGGGCUAUAAUCUUCGGGGCAUGCCAAUUGGUUUCCAGGUGGUAGCGGCGCCCUAUCAGGAUAAGCUCUGCUUGCAGAUCGCUGCUGAACUGGAACGCGCUUACCAAGGCUGGGCGCCACCUGUGCGUCAUCAGCUGCAAUGAGCGCAUUAAACUUAAAAUUACAUAUUUUGUCUACCAUUGUAAUGGAUAGUUAAGGUUACGGAAUAGUUUUUACUAAAUACUAUGUACAUUUCGAGUGGAAUUAAACUAUUAGCGCCUGAUAUCGA